GGGUCGGAUCUACCUAUGCUUGCACAAAACGCCAUUCUUUUAUAUUCCUCUUCCUUCCUUCUCUCCCAGAUUUUCCUCUCACACUUUUCAUCCUUCUCUCAGACCAAAGUUUAGAUUUUUCUUUUUCAUUUCUCCUCAGAAAGGGAAAAAAAAAAUGCAGCGUCAGAAAAUGGGGUUUCCAGAAUACAUCGAAGCGUUGGAAGAAGAACGCUUGAAAAUUCAGAUGUUCGCUAAAGAACUUCCGCUUUCACUGGAGCUUGUCUCGCAAGCCAUUGAAGCUUGUAGGCAACAAGUUUCUGGAACCACGGAGUACAAUUUUCAUGGACAAUCGGAUUGUUCGGAGCAGACGUCAAUGGAAGAAGGCCCUGUGCUCGAAGAGUUUAUUCCCAUCAAGAAAAGGCCUUCCCCUGAUUGUGACGACGAAGACGACGAAGACGAACAACAUUCGCAUAAGCCCAAGAUUCUCAAGGACGACAAUAAGAACUCUGAUAAGAGAAAAUCCGACUGGCUCAGAUCCGUUCAGCUCUGGAACCCAGAUCCCCCAACUAAAGAGGAUUUGCCCAGAAAAGCUACGGUGGUGGAAGUGAAGAGAAAUGGAGGCGCCUUCCAGCCAUUUCAGAGAGAAGACAAUGUUGCAAAGACGAACAAUAACGAGACAUCGGCCGGUAAAUCUGCAUCUCCGGCUCCCGUGGCUGCAAUGAGCUCCACCGCCGGUGCCGUCACCAACGGAGGCGGAAACAAGAGAUCGGAGGAGAAAGAUGGGCAGGGUCAGAGGAAGCAACGGCGGUGCUGGUCACCUGAAUUACACAAACGCUUCUUACAGGCCCUUCAACAGCUAGGCGGUCCAGAUUCUGCAACUCCCAAGCAGAUCAGAGAGCUCAUGAAGGUCGAUGGCCUCACAAACGACGAAGUCAAAAGCCACUUGCAGAAAUUUCGGUUGCACACAAGAAGACCGAGUCCUAUGAUUCACAACAAUGCUACUUCACAAACAGCUCCUUUUGUUCUUGUGGGGAAUAUUUUUGUGCAACCACCGGAAUAUGCGGCGGCAGUGGCAACUUCCACAGCAUCAGGUGAGGUAACUACGGUGACCACACCCACCGGAAUUUAUGCGCCGGUGGCGGCACAUCCUCCUAUGCCGCCGCCACUUGGUAAGAAGGCGCAGGUGAAGCAAUUGGAGCAGGGUGAGCAGUCACAGCAUUCAGAUGAAGAAGAAAGGGUGAAUCACGGUAGUGAAGGAGCUGUUCAUUCAAAUUCUUCUCCUGAUUCAUCAUCUUCUACACAUACAACCUCUCAUUCUCACGGAUAUUGAGUUUGAGAUGAUGAUGAAGACACCGUGCAGCAAAAAAUGAAAAAUGAAAUUUUGUAAUCAGAAUAUUGUAGUUGAUCUGUGAUAUAUUCUCUUGUUCUGGGGGGGUUAAUCUAAAUUAUAGAGGUGAAGAUACAGGUGACAGUUUUGUGGUGGUUGUUGUGUAACCUACGUACAUUAGAAUACAUUUGUCAGAAUUCAGAACUGUGGUUAAUAUUUUCAAAGUUCCAACUGUUUUC